AUGGUGCCCUCAAUCACUAGGCUCGAACAUGUGUCUUCUAUCAUACCUAUCAACACCUUGAAGCUACCCAAGAAAGCUCCCUCUCACACACAAGACUCCGUCGAUCUUCCUCUUACUCUUUGCGAAUCGCAUAUACUCGAGGCUGCCAACUCCCAGUACUUGGAAUACCUGGAUCCAGAACUAGCUCGGGGUCUUGACAUUGAGUCAAUUCUCGUUGUUUGCUGGUUACUUGUGGUACAUGGUUUCUCUCCUGUGAGAACCAUGUACCUAGAGUUCCAUCCUGGCUCAAAUCUGUGCUAUAUAGAUGGCAAAUGUCAAGGGACCGAUUCGCACGCUCUUGGAUUUUCCGUGGAGCGUCCAUUGAAGGACCUCGUUCGAGAUUUCUGUCUUAUCAAGGCAGGCAUCAACUCGGUCGACCCUGAUGAAGGGUGGGCUUCCGAUGAUAAGAAUCACCUUCUCACCUCGGCUGUCCGCUAUGGUGGUGACCGUCCAAAUUUGGAAAAGGCACCUUUGUCUGCCAAUUCAAAGAUCCCCAAUCCAAAGCUGAUGCUCAACGUGACAAAUGACAAUGGCAAGCUGCACGCGAGUCUUGCCUUCUCGUCGCCCGAGAUGUCGAAAGAAUUCGCAACAAGCCUUCUUCACUCCUUGAACAAGGUCGUCGCAUCCAUAUACCAUUCACCCGAAACUUCUUUGGGCGACCUUGAUCUAUGCUCCGACCUUGACCUCAUUCUCCUGCAAAAGUUUACGAGGGAGGUUUCGGACUCUCAUGAGAUCUUGUUACAUGACAUGGCAUUGGAGCAUGCGCGACUGACCCCGGAUGCGCCCGCAAUCUGUUCCUGGGAUGGAAACUUCACCUAUAGAGAGUUGGAUAACCUCACAUCUCGUCUUGCUCUUUACUUGACCGGGCUUGGCGUUGGCCCUGAAAUUUUCGUGCUUAGUUGUUUCGAAAAGUCAUCUUUGGCGAUUAUCGCUCGCCUGGCUAUAUUGAAGGCCGGCGGGGCAUACAUAUCCAUCGACGCCAGCGACCCUCCCAUAUUCCUGGACUCGGUUAUCAGUCGCGUUAAUGCUAAAAUCAUGCUCACAUCCUCGGAGUAUGCAUCAAAAUAUGCCUCACUUGUCUCAAACGUCAUCUCGAUUACAGAAGACAUGCUGAAAGAGCUUCCCACAGGACCUCUGGCUUCCACAGUCCAACCUCAUAAUGCCUGUCUGGUUUUGUUCACCUCUGGAAGCACAGGACAGCCUAAGGGCAUUAUCCAAGAACAUCGGUCUUACGCCACAGCAAUCCGCGACUACAACAAGGUCCUCGGGCUAGGCCAACACAGCCGUGUAUUUCAGUUCGAUGACUAUGCAUUCGACAUCAGUAACAACGAUUACCUCACAGCUUUGGCUGCCGGUGGCUGUUGUUGUGUCCCCACACCUGAAAAAAGCAUAGCUGCUCUGAUUGAAAAUAUCAAUAUCACCAACACCAAUAUGAGCUUCCUGACUCCAACAAUUGCCGUCCAACUCAGCCCCAAAGACGUCCCGUCGCUGGAGCUGCUUUGUAUCGGCGGCGAGCCCAUGUCAAAUGAUCUCCUCAUGAAAUGGGGACCUCAUGUGAAGCUGGUAAAUCAGUACGGGAUGGGCGAGGCGGCCACCUUCUGCGCGUACAACGACAACCCCAAGGCAGGCCAUAAUGCCGUCGUCGGAAAAUCCGGUAGCGGCGCUAUUUGGAUUGCCAAUCCCUCCUCGUCUGAGCGGCCAGUUCCUAUCGGCGCUGUUGGCGAGAUCUUGAUUGAAGGCCCACAUCUCGCCCGUGGGUACUUGGAUGACCUCUGCCAGAAACCCGACGUGGGAUUCCUUAGCACAGUGCCUCGGUGGAUUGCCGAUCUCCACCCGUCGCGAGCGCCGACCUCGCGCAUCUAUCGGUCUGGUGAUCUGGGUCGAUAUCGCCACGAUGGUACUGUGGAGCACAUGGGCAGAAAGGACACACUUCUUAAGCUCAACGGUGGCCGUGUUGAGUCAACCGAAGUCGAAUACGUCCUUCGGAAGACCCUUUCGCCUGGCGAUUUUACCGUCGUCGAUAUGCUCGGUGAGAUUGACGGUGGCGAUAGCCCCAUCCUCGUCGCAUUUAUCUACUUGCUGGAUAACCCAGCAAACCUUCUUCCGGGAAUCUCAGAUCAGGAAAUGUCGUUCCUUCCCAUUACAAAUCGUGUCCGAGUGAACGGCUUGGUGGAGGCGAUGCAGAAUGAAGUCUAUAGCACGCUGCCAAAACACAUGAUGCCCAGCUUGUUUCUCCUUGUCGAUCGAAUCCCACGUACAAGAUCCAACAAGCUUGAUCGCAGAAAGUUGCAUCAAAUCGCCCAAAAGUGGUAUAUGGGGAACCCAUGUCUGUAA